AUGGCGGUACAAUCCAAACUCUCGGGCCACGCCCGCACGAUCCGCGGCCUAAUAACCACGCUCACGAAGCUCUACCUCGCCAACCGAAGCCGCAUCUCCAAAGCCGUAUGGAUCACGCUCUUCGUCGCACUCGUCAAUCGCGUGCGCAAUGCGAUAUCUGAGCAGAAAGCAGCCUCUCAGCGCGAAGCCUCGCAGCGAACAGCUCGCCGGGGGACCGUCUCCAUCAGCGAUGAUGCCGGUGAGGCUGCUGCUGAGGGCGCGCAUGGCGGCAAGAAGCGCAAGAAGGUGGAGCUGAACCGCGAGUUUUUCCGGUCGUUGCUGAGGCUGUUGAGGAUUGUUGUUCCUGGGUGGAGGAGCAAGGAGGCGAGGCUGUUGAUUAGCCAUUCGUUUUUCUUGGUGGUUAGGACGCUGAUUAGUGUCAAGGUGGCGGCUAUGGAUGGUGCGAUUGUGAAGAGUUUGGUGAAGGGGAAUGGGAGGGAGUUUUUGAUGAGGAUUGUGUGGUGGAUGCUUAUUGCGGUGCCCGCCACGUUUACGAAUUCCAUGCUCUCCUAUCACCAAGCCGAGUUGUCGCUGAAGUACAGGGCGAGACUCACGCAGUUUAUCCACGACAAGUACUUGUCCCAGCUCACCUUCUACGGACUGUCGGCGCUGGAUGACCGGAUAAAGAAUCCCGAUCAGCUUAUUGCUGUCGAUGUCGCCAAGUUCUCUAACAGCUUGGCUGAGCUGUACAGCAAUCUGGCCAAGCCUCUCUUGGAUAUGACCAUCUACACGUACUCGCUCUCUCGCAGCGUAGGGGGAGAGGGCGUCGUCUUCAUGUCACUCCUCGUCCAGCUCUCCGCCAACGUCAUGCGGGCACUAACACCGCCCUUCGGCAAAUACGUUGCCGACGAGGCCAGGCUCGAGGGAGAAUUCCGCUUCCAGCACUCCCGACUAAUCGACUACAGCGAAGAAGUAGCCCUGUAUGCCGGCCACGAAGCCGAGAAGGACACGCUCGACAAGGGCUACUUCACCCUCAUCAAGCAUGUAAACUACAUCCUCCGCCGGCGCUUCUACCACGGAUUCAUGGAAGACUUUGUCAUCAAGUACUUCUGGGGCGCGCUGGGCCUCAUCCUCUGCAGUAUGCCCGUCUUCAUCAAGCUUCCCGGCCAGGUUGCCAUGAACAUGGGAGACAGGACCGAGAGCUUCGUUACGAACCGGCGCAUGUUGCUGUCGGCGUCGGAUGCGUUUGGCCGCAUCAUGUUCUCCUAUAGGGAGAUUAUGGAGCUAGCGGGCUAUACCUCUCGUGUUGCGUCUCUUCUCGAGGUCAUGGAUGACAUCCAGGCCGGUCACUUUGAGAAGAAGCUUGUCUCUAGCUCUGGUACUGAGAAUAACGAGGCGGUGCUCAAGGGGCGAGGCACCGUCGUUGAAAGCAAGGACAUUCGGUUUAUCGAUGUCCCUAUUAUCUCUCCCAACGGCGACGUCCUCGUCAAGGCCCUCUCCUUUUCCCUCAAGCAAGGCGACCACCUUCUCGUAGUCGGCCCCAACGGAUGCGGCAAGUCGUCCCUCUUCCGCAUCCUCGGCGGCCUAUGGCCCGUCUACGGCGGCACGGUAUACAAACCCCCCUUCACGGACAUCUUCUACAUCCCGCAGCGACCGUACCUCAGCCGCGGAUCCCUCCGACAGCAAAUCAUCUACCCGGACAGCCUGCGCGCCAUGCGAGCCAAGGGCGUCACGGACGCCGACCUCUACAAGAUCCUCGCGUCGCUGGGCCUCGAGCAUCUCGUGGGCCUCUACGAGGAAGGGUGGGACGCCGAGGCCGAGUGGCGCGACGUGCUCUCGGGCGGUCUGCAGCAGCGAGUGGCCAUGGCGCGGCUCUUCUACCAUAAGCCGCGAUAUGCCAUCCUCGAUGAGUGCACGAGUAGCGUGACGCUCGAGAUCGAGAAGGCCAUGUAUGAUGGGGCCAAGGCGCUUAACAUUACGCUCAUGACGGUCAGCCACCGCCGGAGCUUGUGGAAGUACCAUAGUUGGAUCCUGCAGUUUGACGGGCAGGGGAACUAUGUUUUUACGAAGCUGGAUGCGGAUAGGAGGUUGAAGCUGGAGGAUGAGAAGGAAGAGUUGGAGGUUUUGUUGAGGCAGGUACCGGAGUUGGAGAGGAGGAUGGAGGAGUUGACUUCGGCGUGA